UUUUAUUGGCGAAUAUAAAUAGAAAAUUAACGUAUAGGAACUUGUUGCAUUGGCAACACUUACACAUAAUAGUAAUGUGAUUUUUCGCAUGUGAGUCGAAAACUUUGUUGCAUGAAUAUUAUUAAAUGAAUCCGUUUAAAUAACUGUAACGAAAGAGUUAAUGAUGGCAACGCGAAGGUUAAUGAUGUUGGGUAAGUGUUAUGCCCCGAAACUGAAGCAAGUAGUUACUGUUUCUGUGCCUCAUGAAGUCUAUGAUGAUUUUCUACAUGCGUAUUUUACUCAUACUACUGAAUAUGAAGUGUAUGACCCAGAAGGAAAAUGUAAGAGAGGAGAUAUUGUGCUCAUUAAAGAGAUGAAUGAACCUUUAAGUAUUAGAAUAAAGCAUCAAGUUGAUAAAAUAAUUUAUGAAGCUGGCAAUGUUAUUGAUCCUCUCAGUGGAAGAAGGUGUUUUGGAAAUAGGUACACAGAUGAAAUUGAUAGAACCACACAAGCUCUUGGUUAUCAAAAAUCUUUUAGAAAAUUUUUGGUUAUGAAAACAAAGCCAAAAGAAGAAAUUCCUUCUAACUCUGAUGUAUGAAAUAGAUUUUAAUAAAGAGUAAUUAAAAA